AUGAAGUACACCUUCGCUGUCGCUCUUAGCACCCUUGUGCUCGGCAUCACUGCCGCCCCGGCGGCCAACGGCGCAACUCAGGGCAACGCCAUUGCUCACGCCGAGCGUGGCUACUUCGACUUCCUUCACCACGCCGCCCGCGCGGAGAAGCCAAGCAAGACCAGAUCUGCUAAGGGCCCCAAGAAGACGAAGCCUAGCAAGACCCGCAAGCCCGGCUCCAUCAUCACAUCCGCCCCUGGCGCUCCUGGCAACGGAACCAACAAUUUCGAGAUCCGUGCCAGCAACGGCACUGCCGCCGCCGGUGGCCUGCCCGCCUCCUCCGGUACCUCUGUUCUGAAGGCGGCCCAGACUGUCGCUGCUGGUCAAUCCUUCGAUGGUGGCAUGGUUGCCUUCGACCGUGGUGUCUCCUGCACUGGCCAGGCCGAAGGCGGUGACUCUGAUGCUGUCUUCAUCCUCGAGAAGGGCGCCAAGCUCUCCAACGUCAUCAUCGGCCCUAACCAGAUUGAGGGCGUUCACUGCAUGGGUGGCUGCUCUCUCGACAACGUCUGGUGGUCCGCGGUAUGCGAGGACGCUUUCACCAUCAAGAAGCAGGAUGCCGGCGAGACCACCACCAUCACCUCCGGCGGCGCGUUUGGAGCCGAGGACAAGGUUCUCCAGCACAACGGCGCUGGCACUCUCUCCGUCAGCGGCUUCACAGUUGAGACCUUUGGGAAGCUUUACCGCAGCUGCGGCAACUGCAAGACCAUGUACGAGCGUCACGUCAUCUUUGAUAGCAUCAACGCGUCUUCUGGAAAGCUUCUUGCUGGAAUCAACUCUAACUACGGUGAUACUGCUACCUUCAAGAACGUUGUUGCUAAGAGCGUCAAGACGAUCUGCACUGAGUUCAAAGGCAACGACAGCGGCGACGAGCCAACUGAGAUCUCUUCCGGUCCCUCCACGUACUGCAAGUACUCUACUUCCGACAUAACCAGCUCUUAA